GAGGAAUUGCCGUGUUUUCUGAUAGUUUUCUUGAGCGGCAGUGGUGGUGGACUGAGAACGACGAUGCUGCGCCGAGCGGUGCAGCGGGAAGGGCUGGUGAAGCCCGAGGUGAAGGUUGAGUUGGAGGAGGUGGAUGAGUAUGAGAGGGAGGCCAAGAACAACGAAGAGUGCCCACGGUGUCGCACAACUCGCAUGCGUCAACCAAACCUCAAGCUAUUUGUCGGGACCUGCGGCCACAGCUUGUGCGAGGUGUGCUUGAAUCAGGUGUUUCAUAACACGCCGUCGUAUCCUUGCAUUGUAUGCCGCGCGUUGCGAUUGCGGGCGGAUUACACACCAAAGCUGUUUGAGGACGGGUCGGUGCAUCGCAACGUCGUCAUCCGUAAGGACAAGCUGAAGGACCUCAACCUGAGCCUGGACGACUUCCAAGGCAACACGCGCAAGUACAACGACUACUUGGAGAUGAAGGAGGACAUUGUGUACAAUCUCGAACACAGCAUUGAUGUGGACCAGACCCGGCGCACGCUUGCGCGGUUUGUGGAGCGCCACAAGGAUGCCAUUGCGGCCAACAAGCGCCGCCUCGAGCGCGAGCGCCAUCGUCAGCUCCAGCUCAAGCGGGAGCAAGCGCGGAUUGAGCGCGCCAGACAAGAGGCGAAGCUGGCCGAGAUCAGACGCGUCAAGGAGGCCAGGGAAAAGUUGAGGCAACAGAUUCUGGAGCAGCUUGCGAGCACAGACGACCCAACACAGACGCUGCUCAUGGGCAAGAAGGCGCUGCUGGAGCGAAGAAAGGCGCAGAUGAGCAUGUUCAAGGAUACCUCUCACACAUACACGGUACCACACGCCUGA